AUGCGUAAUUCAACACGAACAUCGUUGCAUCAAACAAAUGAAGAUGCAAAUUACGUAACUAAUCUUCAAAGUUUACAAGAACAGCAACAAUCACAACUUCAUAUAGAUCAAUCACCUACUUAUAAACAAAUUUUUAACUCAGUUCGUACUACUGUUCAAACAUUUUUUGGAAAAGAACAACAAAAUAACUUUUCAAUUAUGCCCGCAGCAUCAAUUAUUCUACAAAAUCAACAAUCAUUAUCUUUCAUACGACCGAGUAUUCAUAAUGACAAAGAAAAUAAUCAACAAUAUCGUCUAAUAUCAACUAAACCAUCAUAUCUUUCUACUAACAUUGAAUUAGUAGAUCCUAUUCAAUCAAACAUCUUAAUGAAUAAACGAUCCACAAUAAUAUCACGUCCAAGCGAGAUAUUACUUCAAACAUCUAUUGCAUCAAAAGAAAAUCAAAUAUCUUCACAAAAAUUUUGUUCUAUUAAUUCAUUCUUUUACAUAUUAACAAUAAUGACUCUUUGUGUCGUUAUUGUCACCGUUGCGUUUAUUAUUCACAAAUUUUUCUUUACAAAUUCAAAAUUAACAACUAUAACAAAAGCGCUGAAUUCAACGUUGACAAUACCUCGAGAAUCAUCUUAG